ACAAUCGGUGGGCACAGUGCGCGAUUAUUAAUCUGUGUACGGUUACACCUGCAUACGGUCGUUGUCGGUGGAUUUGCGUGAAAUCUGUCCAGUUGUGUGUUCAUUUUCGUUAAUUUAAGACAUCUGUAAAUAUGGAUAUUAGAAGAAGGACGACAUACCUCUCUAGAGGUAUCGAUGGUCGUCCGUCGCACAAUUACAGGUCAUUUUUCCAAUCGGCUCAAAGGAAGUAUUACAAUGUUGAUCCUGAUAGUGGUAUUCGCAUAGUUGGACCAAUGUUCGAAUUGACUGCGUGUGUGGAGUUAAAGGGAGAUGAAGACGAUUUUGAAACCAUGUAUCCAGAUACAUCUCUCUCAUAUGGUCCAACUAUCUGUUCCUUCGGUUUGAAGUAUAAUGACCAUAAUUAUGCCCUCCCAUCAGGCUUAACGCCUCCUUCAAUGGCCCCUCAUUUAAUGGAUCUACAGGUACCGAAAAACAAAUUCUCAGAUAGCCCAUCAAGUAAUUUAUUUUCCAAAAGUCUCUUCGCCCAAAAGCCAAGUUCUAAGUUUAGUAGUGCGGACAUUCAAAAACAUGGUACUGACAAGCAAUCCGACAAGCAGGGUGCUCCAACUUCAAAACGCUUUACAACUGAUGAAAGUGAUGGCAAAAAGCACACUGAGGGGCCAUGGGAAUUGCAGUCUGAAGACUCCGAAGAUAAAACGUCUUCUAAUACUGAUUCCAAAGAUCACUAUAUGACUUCCCGCUAUAGUUCACAAGUCCCAAACUAUGAACAAAUGGAAUUACGUUGCGAACCUGAAUUAAAGGUCAUUGAAGUCCCUGAAGAGCUUGCAGUUUCACCUUCCCAACUAAGUGAUUUGGAUAGUGAUACAUCAGAUGGCGAGUAUGUAAAUAAAAUUAUUGUCCCUACUUCUGAUGGAUCAUAUGUUCAACAAUCAGAUGAUAACACAUGGGCAGCUAAUAAUGCAUGGCGUGAUGUUCGUUGCAUUUGUGGUCAUUCUCAAAUAAAAUCUGGAUUAAUUCGAUGCCCGAAAUGCAGUGCUUGCCAACAUGUACAGUGUAUGGAGUCGUAUUAUAAUGUAACUAUGCCACGUUUGAGUGACGGUUACACAUGUAAUCUGUGUAACAUUGAUAAUAUGGAAGGUCGAACUUCGCCUAAAAGUCUAUCGGAUAAAAAUCUUGCAGUGAAUAAAGACGGUGCUGCUGUAAACGAUCCGGCUGUUAAUUCAUCAUCUGCUGAGGGCAACGGUGGAACUAAGUAUGUCGAACUUGCAGCCGAUAGAGCGAAGCGACUGGGUUUGCUGUCAAAUACGACACUGGAAUGUGAUUGCCCCACACAUCCUAGUUCCUGGCCAGGUCAUCGUGGAAAGGAACUUGAUGCUUCUGGACGUCCUGGAUGGGCACCUGUGAAUUGGGAAAAAUUGACUGAACUUUCUCGUUCUGGUCGCAGACAUCCUGGUGAUACAGAUGUAAAUCUUAGAAUGCCUUCACCUCCAAGAGCAUCAAAACGGAAACAGGAUUUGUCUUCUACAUCAUAUAAUGAUGCAGAAGUUACAGCAGUUGAUUCAACCUCUGAGAGAAGUUCUAACGCUCCCGUUAUGAUGCCAGGUAGUACAGAUGAAUUGUCUUCUGUUGAUGGAACACCUGUUAGUACUCCAACAAAUACUCCUGUAAAAGCAGGACCUUCCCAUCCAAACACCCCUGUCACUCCAAGUACACCUGUUAGUACUCAUACUCCUGCUACUCCCGGGCACAGCAAUCCUCAGAAUACAGAUAGUAGUCCACGUCGUCCUAAAUCAAGUACUCAUAAUAAAGCCAGGAGAGUACUGUUUUCUGCAGAUGGAUCUCCUUCAUCUAAACGUCGUUUCGAUUCACGAACAAAUCCUCUUGGCGCUGCAUGGGCUAAAGACUACCAAGAAGCUGAAAGUAAUGUAUAUACGAAAGCUAUACUAGAACGUGUUAACACUAGAAUAUCUGCUAACGCUGAACGAAACCAUAAAAUACCACCAGCAUGCUUAACUCGAAGUUCACUUUGUCGAGUUGUGCUUUUUGAUCAUAAUGAAAAGGGAUUAGAAGCAUCGAUUAGACUAGCGCCGAAUGAGGUUGUAACAGAGGUUCGUGGUCAUUUCUUGCUUAUAGAAGAAUAUGAACAUUAUGUGGAUCCCGUGUCUGAAUAUAACCGUUAUGUUAUGUUUUACCGUGGAUUUGGUGAUCGUGUAAUUGUUAUUGAUUCCAGUCUAUAUGGGAAUAGUGCACGCUUUGUUCGACGUUCUUGCAUUCCAAAUUGUAGACUUGAACAUUAUGUCGUGCAAAAUAAACUUCAAAUUGUAAUUCGUACAUCAGUUGAAAUAAUGCCUGGUACUGAAUUGACUAUACCGUUCGACUUGGACUACAGAGCUUGUCGUUAUCCUUUGGAUUGUGCAUGUGCAAGAUCCCGUUGUCCUGUCCUUAAAUGGCGGCGCAAGUUGCUUCGUAACAAGGUGGUACCUAACUUAGAUUAUAAUAAAUAUAUUCAAUCACAGCUCCGUGUACUUUCAAAAACUUUAUCACCACAAGAAAGUUCAACUCAUCGACGAUAUGAUUCAGGUAGUAGUUUAUCAGCCUCCCCACUGAUAAAAUCAUCUACCUCAGCAAAUAGCCACAGUAUGUUUACUAUAAAACCAUCAUCAUCAUCUGUCAAUUUUCGUAAAGAAAUUGAAUUACCCAAAUAUGACUAUGAUUUUCAUCAAACACAAAAAUCUAAAGAUCAAGAUCAAAUUCAAACAGAUACAGAUAAAGCGAAUGUUGUUGUUGAUCAGGAGAAUUCUUCUUCUGACAAUGUUAAUCAACCUGAAACUUGUAAAGAGAUAAAUACGGAUUUAGAUGCUUCAGAAGAUAAAAAUACUACAAUUACUGAUGAAAAUCAAAUACCUGAAACUUCAAAUUCAAUAGAUAACUCAACUGAUAUUAAUAAUUCUAAAAUCUCUCCAACUAAAUUAAAGGAUUCAUCAAAUCGAAAGUCACAAGGCGUAAAUGAAGAAAAACAGCCUUUUGAACCUAUUAUUACAACAAGAAAACAGGCUGCAGCUAUUAAAAGUGGUAUGCGAUGAGAUUACAUGAACAACUUUCGUUAUAUAUUCAGAUACAAACUUUUCUAAAUUAACAGUGAUCAUCAAAUAGAUACAUAUAUACAUAUACAUAAAUGUGUUCAAGGAUAGUGAUAAACUUACUUCUCUUGAGCAAUUAUUUUUGCCAUUAUUUUCCCUUUAUACAUAGUCGGUUUAUUAUUAUAUAUUUGUCAAACAAUGUUUAUCUCUUUCAGUCUAUUUAACGCUUCAACGUUUCUUUACAAUUUUACAUACUUUUUCUUUUUUCAUUAUACUACCCCAUUUAAGAGUGUUUAAAUGUGACAAAUAACCAUGAGUGAAUAAUCACAUACAGUUUAUGAACCCCUUACUUCCUUUAUCACAAUAUAUCCUCAUUAAGUUUUAUCACUAUUAUCUAACUAACUAAUCAUAUAAUUUGUAAGUGCUCUGUGGUUUUUUUUCUUUUCUUGUUUUCAAUAGUCUAUUUUUUGAUAUACAUUUUGUAUAAUUCAUCUAUUGACUUAGUUUAAAGCACUCUAGUAAGUUUUCAUUCAGUAUGGAAUAAUAUUUAAAUAAAGAUGUGUGAAGUUUUUAUUGUGUUUCUUUCUAUUUCUACCUCUACAUCAAAUGGAAGCACUAAGUUUCUUUUCUAUAUCUAAUCGAUUCCACACAUGUAUACAAAUGAAGAAAAACAGUUGUGUGAGUAACUUGAUAUGAUUAUGAGCAAUAGUUUGUGCUCGAAACGUCAUCAGUUAAUAUUACUGUACAACACUGUGUGACUUAUCAAAAUAAAAUCUUAUCCAUAAUGGAGUUAUACUCUACCAGCACAGUGCCCAAGUUUUAUACUUAUAUCAACUGAUACGUAGUGUCGCAAUUUGAUCGGUGCAUGACUUGUUUCUCCUGAAUCCAGUGUGUUCCGGUCGAAAUGUUUCAUCGAGGGAGUGUUUGAUUCUCUCCAGGAUGAUGUGGCUUGGUUUUUUGCUUGGGAAAGACAGGAGCAUAAUGCCGCGCCAAUUCUUGCAUUGACUUAAGUCUCCUUUCUUUGGCAGUUUGAAAAGGUCGCCUUUCCUCCAACUAGCGGGUUACUUUGCCUUCUUUCCAUACAUAGGUAUAAUACUUAAUUAUCCGUACUUAUAUCAGUUUCUUUUCGGUUGCUAAGAUCACAAAACAAUCCGCUGUUGGGAUCACUUAAUGUAUGUGUCAACUGUGUUCUUGGCUGGUUAUCGCUGUCAAAUCCUCUCCACCCAUCUUGUCUCAUUUUAAUGUCUUCAUUCUAAGCCAAUGUUUGUGAUCCUAACAUUAUCCAAAGUACUGCCUUUCAGUAACUGACUAACUUGUGUAAUUUUAUCGUUGAAAAGAUUUUUAACCUAUUGCGCUGCAAAAGUAACAGAUUUGAGAUAAGGAGAACGGUAGCCUUAUUUGCUUACAAAAGUGUAUGGUUGCUUAUUACAUCUCGAUCUCCAACACCGUGGAAGCCGAUUUCUUCUUGGGGUUUGAUUGCAAAGGUCAGGGUUUUUUACAAAAACAGUUGACUGGAAACACUAUCGAAAAUUGCGGAUGAUAAGUGAGUAGACUUAAGAAUAAAUUUGGAGUAAACUGCAAAGUACUGAUCGAUAACUUCAAAGAGGAAUCCUUAGUUGGUGAAUGUUAAAAUUUUAUAUAUAUGUCUAUGUAAAUUAGAGUAAAGCCUGAAGAAGAUCUAAUUGAAAACAAUAUUGUUCGCUUAUAUGUCUUGUUCUAAUAUUAUAAAUGGGAAUAUUUAAAGAAUGUGCUUUGUAUAAAAGAACAUUAUAACUAACACCAGGCUCGGAACUUUGUUAAGUGAAUGGCUGUCGGUUUCACCAAAAGCUCUUAUAUAGUGAGAACCUUCAAUUCGAAAAGAAGUAAAAAUAAAAUUAUUCAAUACUACUCUCCUUAGAACAACACAGAACAAGAAAAGAAAGAAAAAGUCUAUAGGAAACCUCAAACAGUAAUGGACAAGACUCCAAAUAGUAACAUUCUAGCGCCCCUAUAUUAACUCUGUACGUUUAUAUAACUAAUUCAUGUACGCAUGUUAUGCGCUUACAGAAACUAAUUUUAAAUAUGCUUGCAAAAUAUAUGUCGUUUAUUACUUAAAUUUUUACGCGGUUUUACACCUGCGUUCGCCUCGCGCUCUUCGAAAUCUGAUUUUGUUAACAUUACAUCUCAAGUUUUCACUUGUGUUUCUUAAUACAACGUUGUUC